AUGCUUAGCAGAUCUGCUUUACGCGCCAGACCCUCUAAUCUUGUUCGUUUGAACAUUUCUGCCACCUCAUUUGUGCGUGGUAUGGCUUCUGAUGCCACCGAACACGAUGUCGUUGUCAUUGGUGGUGGCCCCGGUGGCUACGUUGCUGCCAUCAAGGCUGCUCAACUCGGCCUUAAGACCGCCUGCAUUGAGAAGCGUGGUUCUCUCGGUGGUACCUGUCUUAACGUUGGCUGCAUUCCCUCAAAGUCUCUCCUCAACAACUCUCACCUCUACCACCAGAUUCUCCACGAUACCAAGAAGCGUGGUAUCAUUGUCGGUGAUGUCAAGAUUGACGUUGCUGGUCUCCAAAAGGCUAAGGAGGACUCAGUUACCUCCCUCACCAAGGGUAUCGAGAUUCUCUUUAAGCAAAACAAGGUCGACUACUUCAAGGGUACUGGCUCUUUUGUCAAUGAGAAUGAAAUCAAGGUCGAGCCCAUUGAUGGCAGCGCCCCCUCUACCCUUAAGGCCAAGAAUGUUAUCAUUGCUACUGGCUCUGAGGUCACUCCCUUCCCUGGCAUUGAGAUUGACGAGGAGCGCAUUGUUUCCUCCACCGGUGCUUUAGCUCUUAAGGAAGUCCCCAAGCGUCUCGCCGUCAUUGGUGGUGGUAUUAUUGGUCUUGAAAUGUCCUCUGUCUGGUCCCGUCUCGGCUCUGAGGUGACCAUCAUUGAGUUCCAGAACGCCAUUGGCGCCGGUAUGGACGGUGAAGUUGCCAAGAGCACCCAAAAGAUUCUCGGUAAGCAGGGCCUCAAGUUCAAGACUGGCACCAAGGUCACCUCCGCUAAGAGAAACGGUGAUGUUGUUACCAUUGAGGUUGAGAAUGUUAAGACCGGCAAGACUGAGUCUCUCGAGGCUGAUGUUCUUCUCGUUGCCGUUGGCCGUCGUCCUUACACUGCAGGCCUUGGUCUUGAGAAGAUUGGCAUUGAUGUUGAUGAGAAGGGCCGUCUUGUCAUUGACCAGGAGUACCGCACUAAGCACCCCCACAUUAGAGUCAUUGGUGAUGUUACCUUCGGCCCCAUGCUUGCCCACAAGGCUGAGGAGGAAGGUGUUGCCGCUGUUGAGUUUAUCAAGAAGGGCCACGGCCACGUCAACUACGGCGCUAUCCCCUCCGUCAUGUACUCCCACCCUGAGGUUGCUUGGGUUGGCCAGAGCGAGGAGCAAGUCAAGGCUUCUGGUAUUGCCUACAACGUUGGCAAGUUCCCCUUCCUUGCCAACUCUCGUGCUAAGACCAAUCUCGAUACUGAAGGCUUUGUUAAGUUCAUCAGUGACAAGGAGACUGACCGAAUCCUUGGUGUUCACAUCAUUGGCCCCAAUGCCGGUGAAAUGAUUGCUGAGGCUGUUCUUGCCAUUGAGUACGGUGCCAGUUCAGAAGAUGUUGCCCGUACAUGCCAUGCUCACCCCACUCUUUCUGAAGCGUUCAAGGAGGCUGCUAUGGCCACCUAUGACAAGUCCAUCCACUUUUAA